CUUCUCGAUAUGGUGGAUUUUGAUGUCAUUAUGGGGAUGGAUUGGCUGUCACCUUAUCAUGCUAUAUUGGAUUGUCAUGCCAAGACCGUUAUCUCUUAUAUGAAGGCUCGGCGUAUGGUCGAGAAGGGGUGUUUGGCUUAUGUUCGUGAUUCUAGUGCUCAGGUUCCUUCUAUGGAUUCUGUGCCAGUUGUUCGGGAGUUUCCAGAGGUAUUUCCUGCAGACCUGUCGGGGAUGCCACCCGACACGGAUAUUGACUUUUUCAUUGAUUUGGCUCCGGGCACUCAGCCCAUUUCUAUUCCGCCGUACCGCAUGGCCCCGCCAGAGUUGAAAGAAUUGAAGGAUCAGUUGCAAGAUUUGCUUGAUAAGGGCUUUAUUAGACCUAGUGUCUCGCCCUGGGUUGCUUUCUUGGGUCACAUUGUAUCAACAGAGGGUAUUCAGGUGGAUCCUAAGAAGAUUGAGGCAGUCAAGGACUGGCCUAGACCCAUAUCAGCUACAGUGAUCCGGAGUUUCUUAGGUUUGGCGGGUUAUUACCGUCGGUUUGUGGAGGGGUUUUCAUUCAUAGCAGCCCCGAUGGCCAGGUUGACCCAGAAGGGUGCCCCGUUUAGGUGGUCGGAGGAGUGUGAGGCGAGCUUUCAGAAGCUCAAGACAGCUUUGGAGCGUAUCACUAUGAAUUUCGUUGUUGGACUCCAACGGACUCAGAGGAAGUUUGAUGCAGUAUGGGUUAUUGUGGAUAGGCUAACUAAGUCAGUGCAUUUCAUUCCUGUGGCAGUUUCCUAUUCUUUGGAGCGGUUGGCUGAGAUAUAUAUCCGGGAGAUCGUUCGUCUUCAUGGGGUGCCCGUGUCUAUCAUUCCUGACCGAGGUACGCAUAUCGCCUAUGAAGGGCGUGAUGAAUUUAGGAAGAAGGGCAAGCUAAGCCCUAGGUUCAUCGGGCCUUUUGAGAUCCUUGAUCGAGUGGGAGAGGUGGCUUACAGACUUGCGUUGCCGCCAGGUUUAUCAGCAGUGCAUCCAGUGUUUCAUGUGUCCAUGCUUCGGAAGUAUCAUGGCGAUCCAUCCCACGUGUUAGACUUCAGCACUGUCCAGUUGGACAAGGAUUUGACCUAUGCGGAGGAGCCGGUAGCUAUUCUAGACCGCCAGGUUCGGCAGUUGAGAUCGAAGAGUUACCCUUCGGUUCGUGUGCAGUGGAGAGGUCAGCCUGUUGAGGCAGCUACAUGGGAGUCCGAGUCCGAUAUGCGGAGCAAAUAUCCCCAU